AUGCCUGUAGAAAGCAAGUUGGAAGAAUCAGAAUAUUCUUCGUCAUUGGCAUAUAACGAAUUACCAAUUUACUUGGCCAAUAAUCCCUGUACAUCCUCAAAGAAGAGGAAAAGGGAAAGAAUAAUGAAAGUGUACUAUAUGCAUGUUAGAAUGAAGAGGGGGGUGGCUGUCUUAGAGGAUACAGAAGACGAAAGGCAGCCUCCAUGCAAAAAGACAAAAAUGAAAACCAUUGCAUUUCCUGAGACAAUCCAUACAGAAGACAAUCUCUCUGUCGUAUCCACAGAAGAACUCCUAACUGAGAGUGAUCUCAGCUUUGAUGAUGUAGUCCAAGAGGCAUCAGAAGAUAAUGACAGACCGAUAUAUCCUCCACCUCUGGAGACAAGUUCCAGAGCUAAAACACCAGAAUGGCUUGUGGCCCAUGACAGUGGCUACAGGUGCAUGGCCUGCUGCCGAGUUUUCCCCUCCUUGGAGAUUCUACAGGACCAUGUGAAGAAUGGUAUUAAAGAGGGAUUUAGCUGCCAUUCUUUUCAUGUAGCCCUUAACUUGCUUAGAAGUAAGAACAGAAAUAGAAAAAAAGAAGUAUACGAAGAGGAGGAAAACAAAGUCAAAAAGAGCUGGACAAAAGGCAUAAGUAUCCAAUGUGACAACAUAAUUAGGCACAUAAGAGACUUCUUUCACAAUAACCAUUGA